GCUCCGGCGGUGACCCAAACUCAGCCCUGGCCCUUACUAUACUUGUAGGGCCCCUCGAUUUUCCUCACUGGGUUGUGGUGAAGAUUUUGUAAAAUGACCCUUGUAAAACGAUAGACAUGAGAACUAAUCAAAACUACCGUUUAUCUCGGUGUCAGCCGCUGCUCUGAGAACUUUAUUCAACUCAUUGAAUCUUUAACAGCAACCUUAUCAGGUUGAUACUUGUGUAACUCCCAUUUUAUAGAUGAGGAAACUGAGGCCCAGAGAGAGGAAGCAACUUGCCAAAAGUCAAGCCACUAGCAAGAAGCAGAGUCGGGAUCCGAGUCCAAUGAGAGAGUCUCCUGGUCCCUGUAAGGAGAACAGACCUUGGGAGUCAAGGACAGAGCCAGGAGACCAGAGGAAGGCAACUGCCCUGGUCCAGAUUGGCCACGUUGAGGGUGAGGACCAGUAGGCGGCUCCCAAGAUGGGUGAAAGAAAAGGUGUAAACAAGUACUACCCUCCGGAUUUCAACCCUGAAAAGCAUGGCUCUCUCAACCGGUACCACAACAGCCACCCGCUCCGGGAACGGGCUCGGAAGCUGUCCCAGGGCAUCCUCGUCAUCAGAUUUGAGAUGCCGUAUAACAUCUGGUGUGACGGCUGCAAGAACCAUAUUGGCAUGGGUGUUCGUUACAAUGCAGAAAAGAAGAAGGUUGGCAAUUACUACACGACCCCGAUCUACAGGUUCCGGAUGAAAUGCCACCUCUGCGUCAACUACAUUGAGAUGCAGACAGAUCCUGCCAAUUGCGACUAUGUGAUCGUGAGUGGUGCCCAGCGCAAGGAGGAGCGCUGGGACAUGGCAGACAAUGAGCAGGUGCUGACAACAGAGCAUGAGAAGAAGCAGAAGCUGGAGACAGAUGCCAUGUUCCGCCUGGAGCAUGGUGAGGCUGACCGGAGCACGCUCAAGAAGGCUCUCCCCACCCUUAGCCACAUCCAGGAGGCCCAGAGCGCCUGGAAGGAUGACUUCGCCCUCAACAGCAUGCUGCGGAAAAAGUUCCGGGAAAAGAAAAAAGCCCUGCAGGAGGAGGAGGAGAGGGACCAGGCCCUGCAGGCUAAGGCGAGCCUGGCCAUCCCGCUGGUGCCUGAGACAGAGGACGACCGCAAGCUGGCUGCCUUGCUCAAGUUUCACACCCUGGACUCAUAUGAGGACAAGCAGAAACUCAAGCGGACAGAGAUCAUCAGCCGCUCUUGGUUCUCCUCUGCCUCAGGACCUGGCAGCAGCAGCGGCAGCAGCAAAGCUGGCAUUGUCCUGAAGAAGCUGGCCCAGAACCGCAGAUCUGCGACUGCCGGCAGCCCCAUCACCGGGGGGGAUCUGGGCAUCGUGCGAAGGCAGUCCCGAGAGGUCUCAGAGAGCCCCCAGCAUGCUGCUGAGUCUGGGGAGCCAUGGGUGUUAGAGGGCACCACCCAGGAUAGGCCCACAUCCACUCGAGACUGCUUUCAGGAGAUAGCCAAGACCCCCAAAACCAGUGAGCCUCAGGAGCAGGAUGGGAGCUGUCAGGACAGGCCCUGCUCUCCGGCUGGCUCCUCUCAGGAGGCAUCUGUUUCACAGGACAUGCCACACCCCUGCACCCUCAGCUCCUCCCUCGUGGCUGACUACUCAGACUCAGAGUGAGUAAGAUUCCAGGGACUGGACCCACUCCAGGAAGCCCCUCACAGACUACAGUCUCCCUCGCUCACAAGCCCUCAAAGAGCUCAGACACUACCCCCUCCCCAGACCUCACCUUCCCACGUCAUGAAGUUGUUAUUUAUUUGGUUCCAGAGAGGAUGUAUGUGCCUUGUAGGACCCCCCAAAUUAAAGCCUGCUUCUUUG